ACUCUCGUCCCGCCAAACCCACCCCCUCGCCUCCCCCGCCCGCGUGGUCGUCGCCACCGCAGCCGCCCGAGAGGAACUGGGGGAGGACGGUGGCCCGCGAGGCUCGUCGCAGACAACGCGGCGGCGAUGUCCGCGAGCCAGGCGAGUGCCGCGGCGGCAGCGGCGGGGCCUUGCGCGCGGCAGGGCGGCCUGGGCUUCGGCCUCCCUCCGGUUCCCUGGAAGCGGGCCCGCGACCAGCGCGGGAAGAGCAGCAGAGGCGGAGGCUCCAACGCGUCUCUCUCCUCCCCUUCAGCCUGAGCCAGGGGAAGCCAGGCAGCCCGGGUGUUUGGAGGGGGGGUCCGCUGCCCAAGAAUGGGAAUUCUCUUCACCAGAAUAUGGAGACUGUUCAAUCACCAGGAGCACAAAGUUAUCAUUGUUGGGCUGGAUAAUGCAGGGAAAACUACCAUUCUUUACCAAUUUUCUAUGAAUGAAGUUGUACAUACAUCUCCUACAAUAGGAAGUAAUGUAGAAGAGAUAGUGAUUAAUAAUACACGUUUCCUAAUGUGGGAUAUUGGUGGCCAAGAAUCUCUUCGUUCUUCCUGGAACACUUACUAUACUAACACAGAGUUUGUAAUAGUUGUUGUGGACAGUACAGACAGAGAGAGGAUUUCUGUAACUAGAGAAGAGCUCUAUAAAAUGUUAGCGCAUGAGGACCUAAGAAAAGCUGGAUUGCUGAUUUUUGCUAAUAAACAAGAUGUUAAAGAAUGCAUGACUGUAGCAGAAAUCUCCCAGUUUUUGAAGCUAACUUCUAUUAAAGAUCACCAAUGGCAUAUCCAGGCAUGCUGUGCUCUAACUGGCGAGGGAUUGUGCCAAGGACUUGAAUGGAUGAUGUCACGACUUAAGAUUAGAUGAUCUCUACUGACCUCUUCUCAUAGACUUUGUAUAAAUGAAGUGCUGGACUUUACCUGAAAGCUGCAAAAAUUAAUGGUUUAGAUAUAUUUAUAAUAAACUGAUUUAAACUUUUUCUAUAAGAAGAAAAAUUAAGACCACUUAUUUGAAAACAAAGAUGAAGUCUCACCUUCCAAUUUACUUUCUUAUUAGUUUUUUCCAAAGUUAAGUUAUUAAAGCUGUGAUUGACAUUUUUCUCAUAAUGAAUCCUCUCAGGACAUUGUGUGGCCUGUGGUAAGUACAAAGGGAGAGGAAGACAUUUUGAAUUUUAAGAGCUUUAUUAUCAGUAUAACCCUCCCUAGUUGAAUGUUGUUUUCUUCUUGUUCCAUUAAGUCAAAAUACAAAUCAGCACAGAUAUUCAGUUUCCAAUAUUUUAAAAUGUAAUGUUACUUAUGAAAAGUAUUUUGCUUAAGGUUGUGUGUGUAUUGUGUAUAUACCUCAAGUUCAAGUUAAUGGCAUUGAUUUAUGUUCCAGAGAAAAAUAACACAAAUAUUAAUAAUAUCCUUCAUUAUAACCAUAAUGAGAUAAGUAUUGGCAUUGGUGUUCAGUGCCAUUUUAUACUUUCUCUCUAUGUUCUCUGUAUUGUACUAACCAAUCUCCCAAAUCAUUGAGCUGCUUGUUUAAAAAAAAAAAAGGAAAAAGCAUGACAUUGCGUAUUGAUUUUUUUUUUUGUUGACCAAAAUCACAAACAUGGAAACACAUAAUUCAACAGAGUGGGAUAGCUAUCAUAUUCUUAGCUUAGUAUUACUAAUGGGCAGGAUUGUACAAUGAGCAACUAUCAGAUUAUUCCUUUCAAUGGUUCUUAUGGCAUCUAAAUUACUGAAUAAAUUUUUAAUCCAUUAAUCAGUGAGUCAAAUUAUGAUUAAAAUUAUCAAACGAAUGCUCAGCAUUCAUUGAAAACUGUUGUGUGAAACAUGUCUACCCAGAAAAGUAAUAUUCUAUAAAUACUAUUAAACAACUUAGCUAUAUUAUUUUUAAGCAUUAAAUUAUACGUCAAGGAGUUAAAGUGAAUUUCAGAGUAAAAGUAAGGCAUGUUUCUGAGCAUCAUUGAUAAUUUCUUAAUUUGCCAAUUUCCUUCUUAUUUUGGUACUUGGAAUAUAGUGUGAGAUUUUUUAUUUCUUAAGUUUUGUUGUAUUAUCUAUUACAUAAAUGCCUUGACAAUUAUAAACUGCAAGUGUUUUUUGAAUGAUUUUAAGAAUUUGGCUUAAAAAUUGAUUGCUACAAUGUAUUAUUUGUACUAAGAAGUAACUUGACCCAAAACACCCUGUAUGUUUGCUUAGGGUAUUUUUUCCAUGUCUGAAUGUUAAAGGUAUUCCUGUCACAAUUGUAAACAAACUUAUUCUAAAUGUGUUAAAACAUAUUCUGGGGUACUCUAUGUAUCUUUCAUGCCUUGAAAACCUGAAGGUUAAUUCAAACUCACAUGUUUUAGCAUAUUUAAGAAAAAAAAAACUACUUUUAAUAUCAGCCUUUUAAGUUUCAUGAAGAUUUUGGUGAGGAAUAAUAGUAUAUACUUUAAAUAUUGACAAAACUUUGAAAGUUUUCUUUCUUUAAAAUGGGAAAUACUCAAUAUCUAAAUCCAGGUCAGGCAUGGGAGAUCAGUAUUUAACAUUGAAUGUUUUGUGUUUUAUAUUUAUAAUGUUCAAAAUGCAAGCAUAACAUUUAAUCUUUGUCCACAUGGUUUUACAAAAGUAAAUCUUAAAUUACUAAGCUUUUCUCAUAUGUUCUCAUACUUUUUCAAAUCAUUAUAAAGAAUUACUUGUUAUCUAUUAAAAAUCUCCUUCACCCAAAUCUGUAUUACGGUUUCACCAGACAAAUAUUCUGUGAUGUAGCCCAGAAAAUCCACACCUUUUGUCCUUUUUAUUUUUUAAUUUGAAUAAUCAUGUGCUUAGUAAUCCCUUGGAUUACUGCCACAUCAGUUUAACACAGUAUCAGCACAUUACCUUGUCAUCAAGAUGUUGGCUCAGAUUUAUUCUUAAUUGGAUGUUUAAAGCAUGCACUACCUUGUUACAGUUGGUUUAGUGGAUUAUUGACUUGACGUCAUGAGAAGAUGUGUAAUUUUAUGCUACAUUUAUAAAACGUGAUUUUGUUUUCUACCCUUCAAGGUAAACAUUAAAAAUAAGGUGGUAUUUGUGUACUUGUACAUAAAACCAAAAUUAUAGUUGGGAAAAAAUAAAUUUAUAUAUGAAAAUGUCAAAAUCAUUUUAACAGUAUUAUUUUCAAAUAAGAUGGAGAGGCUGGUGAAAAGUCAUAUUGGCAAUUU